AUGAGUCUCCUCAAAGAGCGGAAACCAAAAAAGCCACAUUACAUCCCCCGACCCCCAGGAAAGCCCUUCAAGUACAAAUGCUUCCAGUGCCCCUUCACCUGCAACGAGAAGUCUCACCUUUUUAAUCACAUGAAGUACGGUCUCUGUAAGAACUCCAUCACUUUAGUUUCAGAACAAGACCGGGUCCCCAAGUGCCCUAAAGCUAACUCGCUAGACCCUAAGCAAACCAACCAGCCAGACCCCACGGCUAAGCCAGCUUCUUCCAAGUCAGCCACAAACGGACACUCCAGCUUCGACUCGAAGCUUCAACACAGCUUUCCCAAGGAGGACGUCAAGGAAAACGUGGAGCUGAAAGCUCGGGGGGUCCACAAGUGCCCACCAAAGCCAGGCCUCCACAAGGACACAGCACCCCUUAGCCCAGUCCCAGAAGCUGCCCUGGGCCCCCAGGCUGCCCUGGAAGGCGUGGUGCGGCCUUCAGCAUUUGUUCCAGUCGGGGAGCACAGACUGAAAGGGCCAGAAAACACAGAGGCACCAGAGAUGCUGGCGGUAGCGCCCCCCACAGCCAAAGCCGCCGCUUUCCAUGCUAAGUCGGCCUUCCACACUCCUGGCUACCCCUGGAAGGCCGGCUCUCCAUUCCUGCCACCCGAGCUUCCACACAGAAUGCCAUCGGCAAAGGGCUUCAGUGCCAUUCCCCCCUACGUGCACCCCACUGUGCCAGAGUAUCCCCCACACUUCCACGCCGAGCACGGACUAGCCACCAUCUACUCCCCCUACCUCCUGGCUGGGAACGCCUCUGAGUGUGACACACCUCUGCUGUCCCUCUAUGGAGCCCAAGACCAAAGGCCCUUCCUGCCUCACCCAGGGCCGAUCCCUAAGCACCUGAGUCCAUCUCCAUCAACAUACGACCACUACAGAUUUUUCCAGCACUAUCCCUCCAAUCUGCCGAUUCCUUAUGGGUUUUACAGACCAGAGUCAGCAUUUUCCUCCUAUGGCCUCAGGCUGCCCCCCGUGGCCGGCAUCACCCGGGAUCAGAGCUCACACCCACUGGAAGAGGCUGUCCUGCUCUAUGCAGCCUCAAGUCCUUCCAAGUCAAACCCUCCCACCGCCCACAAGAAGCAUACCGAGCCUGAGAAGGAAAGUCCACCUCCAGAGGCUAAAGACCCUUCCAAAGACAGGCAGAGGGACACCGAAGGGGCCAAAAUGAGCCCCCGUGAGGGCAGCGCAGCCACAGGCUCACCAGGGAGGCCCAGCCCCACCACGUUCGCGCAGACCAGCCAGACCUGCGAGGGCCUGUGUGACCUCUCCAACAAGCCCGCCACGUGCACCCUGGGACGGCUCCACCAGCCAGAGCACAGCCCCGCAGCCUUCACAUCCGUCCCGAAAAGCCACGAAUGCCUACACUCCGAGGUCCCUGCCACGGGGACAGAGUCUCCAAACAGCCUGAAGGCCACAACCAGAGACCCUCCCGUCCAGACAGGAAGCACCACUCUGGUCACGGAGGUUGUGCCUUCCAGCCCAGAGGACAGCUCCAGGACAGGCCCUCUCAACCUCUCCAAGAAACCAGAGGCCAAACUGGCAGCAGCUCACGGCCCCGUGUACAGAGGCUGCCUCCUAGAGGAGUCCCCCAGCUUCGCGGAGCUACAGGACCUACCCCUCAACCUCUCAGUGAAGGACCCCUGCAAUGCCCGGCCCCCAGGGCCCACCUUGCCCAGCCCGCCCCCAGGCACAGAGCCUGAUGACGCUGCUGCUGCUGCCGCCAAUCAGGAAGAAACAGGAAGUCCUGGGGAUGGGCCAAGCCAAACCAAGCCACACAAGGACAGCCCCAGCGCUGACAAGGCCCCAGCGUCAAGCCCAGGAGGGAAGGCCCGCGAUGUGUGUGAAGAGGACAGCAGUGACGAGCAGAAGCAGACAGCAGCUGUGGCCCUGUGCCAGCUGGCAGCCUACAGCCCAGGAAACGUCAGGGUGGGCGACGGGGAGCCCGCAGCCCAGGAUUCUGCCUGCCCACAAGAGGCACCCCCUCUCGGGUGCACAGAACGCCAGGAGGCUCAGUGUGACCUCAGACCCAGAGGAACAAAGAGGACAAGUCACAGAGACGCGGGGAGAUCCCAGCCAGCAGCUAAGAAGGUGAAGCCGAGCGACACGGCCAGAGUGUUCACUCUCCGGAAGAGAACCCGCAUGUCCUAA